GUCAUACUACCUUAUAUAAACUGACUGAUAAACCGGUAAAUUGUCUCAUUUGCAAUAAAAUGCAAAGGGGCAUUUUAUAAUAGGCAGCAUUCCAUAUUUGGUGUUUUUUCUUUGACAAUAUAUCGAUAUGUGGUCACGAUUUAAAAUAAUUACCCUUUGCAUUUUGUGUUUUGUUUUGAUAGAUUUAGCCAUUGUAUUGGCACUUGUUUGGUCUAUGCCGGACUUACCUUCACCUGUGUUUAAUAAUAAAAUUUGUUUCCCUGCUGGAAAGGGACAUUUAGUUUGCGAUGAUACACCACGGAGAUUUAGUGGUUACCUAAAUAAGAUAAUUCAAGUCAGUUAUGACAAAGUGAAAAGGAUGGACAAAGAGCAGCAUCAAAAGUUCUUGACGGAAAACAGAGGUCAUUUUAUGGCAAUUUAUUAUACGUACUUUUGGGAUAUGAAGCCAUCUACUGCUAAAGUUACCGGAAAAGAACACCCAGUCAAUACAAAAGGUAUGUAUUUAGAAUAUAAUUAUAUCAAUAUGAUGGCUUUUCUUCACUUUUAUCAGACCAUUUUAUCGAAA